CCGCACUGGUCCCAGCUCAUCACUGCCUCUGCCAGCGCGAGCCCUACCGCCUCCCGCUGUGGGAGAGCGAAGUUUGCUGCCUCGUGUCUCCCCUGCCCCUGUGACUCGGGCUCCGGGAUCCCAAGUCCCGAGUGGGCCGCGGCGGCCUCGGAACAGGCCUGGAGGGAGGCGGUCUGCACGGCCGCUAGAACCUGGCCAUGGAGCCCGGGGAGACGGGGAAGGUUCCUGUGACCUUUGAUGACAUCACACUGUACUUGCUACAGGAGGAAUGGAUGACGAUGACGCUGAAUCAGCCCCAGAAGGACUUUUUUGCCUCCAACAAGCUGACAGCACCUCUAGGACCAACUGCUGCCAAUCCUGAGCUGUUCCAUGAGUUUGGGCAAGGGACUGAGCCAUGGCUAGGCAACAUCCAGGGCCAGAGGCGUCUCCUGAACCAUCAUCCUGGAAAAACCCACGUGAACUACAUGGAAGAAAUAGAUAUGCAGGGUUCCGCCAGAGAGCAAGGGCCAUACCUACCACCUCAAAAGAAAGCCUGCCUUGCCCACUUCAGCACAGAGAACAGCGCCAUCGAGGGAGACUGGACAGGAAGAAACAGCCCCCAAGACAAGAACUCCCGUUCUAUCCAGAAGUCGUGGUUCACACAGUUUCCAUGGUUGAUCAUGAACGAGGAACAGACGGCUCUGUUUUGUGCCGUCUGCCGAGAAUACCCAUCUGGCAGGGACAGACGGUCAAGAUUAGUAGAAGGCUACACUGGACCAUUCAAGGUGGAAACUCUCAAAUACCACGCCAAGAGCAAGGCCCACAUGCUCUGUGUCAACGCCCUGGCCGCCAAGAACCCCGUCUGGGCAGCCCACCUCCAGAGUCUCAGGGAGAGUUCUGCAGAUAUCCUGGCCAGCCCUGACUGCCUCUUCACUGCAGACUAUCCCACGUUCUACCCUCCGGGGCCCCUGGGAGACUUUGAUGGCAUAGCUGAGUUCCUGUCAAGCCCGAGAGCUGAACUAGAGGGCCCUCCAGGGAGUGGGGCCAUCCCUGCUUUGCAUCUAGACUGCAUGUCAGAUUUGAGGCAAAAAGAAACUGGCAGUGGCAUCCUCAAUCCCUCAAGUAGCAAUACUUUGUAUAAGGACACUACUGAAUUCUGCAGCCAGGGGCCUCCUGACAGCGCGCAGCUGAAGGAUCCCCGGGCGUUCGGGGAGCCCCCUGCAACGUUUGAGGAUGUGGCGGUGUACUUCUCUCGGGAGGAGUGGGGCCUGCUGGGCAAGCGGCAGAAGGAGCUCUACAGAGAUGUGAUGCGGAUGAACUACGAGCUGCUGGCUUCCCUGGAGCCACCUGCUGCCAAGCCAGACUUGAUCACAAGACUGAAACGGAGAGCCGCACCCUGGAUCAAGGACCCUAAUGGGCUAAAGCCAGGGAGAAGUCGAUUCCUAGGGAAGGAGAAGACGGUGGCAGUGAGAGAAGCCAGCAUCCAAACCCAGGCCUCAGCUGCAGCGUCCUUCUCACUGCCAGCCUCCGUGGAGACGUGUGCCUCUCACUGUCCUCCCAGCAUGUGUGAAGGAGAAGUGGAUGGACCUCAGAAGGUCAAGAGGACAUACAGGCCCCGUUCCAUUCAGAGGUCCUGGUUUGGGCAGUUCCCCUGGUUAGUAAUGGACUCCAAGGAGACCAAGCUGUUCUGCUCUGUUUGCAGAGAAAGACCAACUCUCCACGACAAGUCAUCCCGCUUAGUCCAGGGUUACACUGGGCCUUUUAAGGUGGAGACUUUAAAAUACCAUGAAGUCAGUAAGGCACACAAACUGUGUGUCAACACCGUGGAGAUCAGAGGUGACAGCCCUCAGCCCACCCUCACUCCAGAGAUCUCCAGCGACCUCAUGGCCAACAUGGAGCACUUCUUCAAUGCAGCCUACUCCAUUGCCUACCACUCUAGGCCUCUGAAUGACUUCGAGAAGGUCUUGCAGCAACUCCAGAACACUGGCACCACGCUAUUAGGCAAGUACCGGAAUCGCACUGCGUGCACCCAGUUCAUCAAGUAUAUCUCCGAGACGCUGAAGAAGGAGAUCCUAAGAGACAUUCAGAACUCCCCGUGUGUGAGCCUGCUGCUGGACAGCUGCACAGACUCCUCCAACCAGGCCUGCGUGGGGAUAUACAUGCGCUACUUGAAGCAGAUGGAGGUGAAGGAAUCGUACAUCACCCUGGCCCCUCUCUCCAGUGAGACGGUAGAUGGGUACUUUGAGACCAUCGUUGCUGCCCUGGAUGAGCUGGAUAUCCCUUUCCGGAAGCCUGGCUGGGUGGUGGGUCUGGGGACUGACGGGUCUGCCAUGCUGAGCUGCAAGGGAGGCCUCGUGGAAAAGUUCCGGGAGAUCAUCCCUCAGCUCCUGCCUGUGCACAGUGUGGCCCACCAGCUGCAUGUGGCUGUGAUGGACGCGUGUGGGAGCAUUGAGCUGGUGAGGAAGUGCGAUCGGCACAUCCGGACCGUCUUCAAGUUUUAUCAGUCCUCGAAUAAGAGGCUCAGUGAGCUGCAGGGCGGUGCAGCUCUCCUGGAGCAAGAGAUCAUCCGUCUGAAGGACUUGAACGCCGUCAGGUGGGUGGCCAGCAAAAGGCGCACUCUGAACGCGCUCAUCGUGAGCUGGCCUGCCCUGGCUAGGCACCUUCAGAGUGUGGUGGAGGCUGGGGGCCAGAUUGGUCAGAGAGCCAGGGGCAUGCUGAAGCUGAUGAAGGGCUUCCAUUUCAUCAAGUUCUGUCACUUCCUUUUGGAUUUCCUGAGCAUCUACAGGCCUCUGUCGGAGGUGUGCCAGAAGGAGCUUGUGCUGGUCACGGAAGUGAAUUCUACCCUGGGGCACGCCUACGUGGCACUGGAGAGUCUCCGCCAGCAGGCGGGGCCUAAGGAAGAGGAGUUCAAUGCCAGUUUCCAGGACGGGCAGCUCCAUGGCAUCUUCCUGGACAGAGUGGAGAAUGCGGAGCAGUGGUUCCAGGCAGACAGGGAGAGAACGAUCCUGACUGGGGCCGAGUACCUCCGGCAGAGGUUCGAUGCAGACCGCCCCACUCAGCUCAAGAGCAUGGAGGUGUUAGACACCAUGGCCUGGCCUAGCGGGGUUGAACUGGCCCGCUUUGGGAACAGGGACAUGCUCAGCCUGGCCAGGUCCUUUGAGCUUUCCCUCCCCGUGGGGUACAGCGAGGAAGCGCUGCUGGAGGAGUGGCUGAGCUUGAAAGCAGCGAACCAGAACCUUCCAUUCUCGAUGCUGUGCAAGAACGCCCUGACUCAGCACUGCCGACUCCCUCUGCUGAGCAAGCUCCUGGCCGCGGUGGUCAGUGUGCCCCUCUCCACUUCCUGCUGUGGACGGGGAUUCAAGGCCAUGCACAGGAUCAGGACUGAUGAGAGGACCAAGCUCUCCAAUGAGGUGCUCAACACACUCAUGAUAACAGCCCUGAAUGGCGUGGCCGUCACGGAGUAUGACCCCCAGCCAGCCAUCCAGCACUGGUACCUGACCUCUUCAGGACGGCGCUUCAGCCACAUCGAUGCCUGUGCCCAGGUGCCUGCCCGCUCCCACACCAAUACAGGACUCAGGAAGGAGGGGAUGGAAGCUCUCUGUAAGGAGGAAUCCAUGGUCCAGAAGACAUCCAUCACAUCUUCUGGGGAGCCAUGAGGUUCAGAAAGAUCACAUGGUGAAGGUUCCUGGGCCCUAUACCUUCUCAAAGGCCCUAUGGUUCUGAAGAGUGGCUUAGACCGGGCUCUGGGGCACCCUGGAUCGUGGAGAGAGGCUCUCUGAAGAUUCUAGGCUGUCCUGGUAGGAUACCCCAUGGGCCCAGGAUGUGGGCAUGACAAAGGGUUGAAGCAAGCAUCCCCAAGGGACAAGGUCCUCAAGGCACAGCAGUGCCUCCCAGUGCCAAAGCAUACCAGAGAGGCACUUCCCUCAGGCCUGUUCUUCCCAAAGAGAGAAUCCUGCCAUGAGAGUUCAUCCCACACAGGAUGGUGGCAAAGGACUUUCCUGAAGCAGGUGAAUACCCCAGCCCUCUGCAUCCAUGGCACAAAUAGGAGGUGGCCUCUGAGGAAGACCACUUCGGUGGUGGAAAUGACCAUGGUCAGAGACCUUGGCCUGCUGCAGAAGCCCCCAGGAUUGGCCGCUCUGGACCACUGCAGAAGCUCAUGCAGCAGAAUCAAGGAGAAGCUUCCCCUCAAGGCCCGCCUUUAACACAAAACAGACCAGCAUCCUUUGCACAGCGCUCCUGAGGAUGGUGCUGUCACCUCAGCUCCUACACAGUGAGACAUGCUUCCUCUGAAGGGAGCCUGGUGUUCCCUCCCCACCCCUGAACCCCGGGCUUGGCUGCUGUGGAAGUUUCCUGAGGAGUGCAGGAGAGGUGGGACCUGGGAGGUGUGGGAUCCUGGCUGGCUCUUGGGCAGACAGUGUGCCUAGGGUCGGUCCCUUCUUCUUCUGUGCCUCAGUUUCACUCCUCAUGUGGUGUUUGCCACAGAGAACCCAAGUGCCUGUUGGCUCCCUGUAGCUAUGGCAGGAAUGGGAGCCUCAAACCCUGGCGAGAGGGGCCUGUCUAGAGCACCCAGCUGCUCCUACCCUGCCGUGUCCUUAGCGGUAACGGCAUCAGCUUUGCCCCUAGGGUCCUAAUGGAGGCGGAAGUGCUGUCCACAGGACAGGUGCACCCGUCCCUCUGCAGAACGCACCGGGGCUUGUCAAACGUGCCCCAUCCUGGACGAGAAGAACCUUGCUCCCCAACCCAGCUCAGUAGCUGCAGUUUCUCACAAGCUUGCUUCCCCAGGACCUUCGUGGGUGUUCUCUGGCUUAAAAGCCACUUCCCCUCUCAUAGAAGGGCCGCCAGUAAAACUGCCUUGGGGCCCUCUCACAUUCCGCUUCUACUGUGAAGCCCAGGGCAGACUGGCCUUGCAGGCUCAGUGGUUGUCUGUUUGGUUAGGAUGAUCUGUCUAGGUUCUGCCUUUAGCUCCAGGUUGGAGAAGUGUCCAGUGGAAGAGCUCCUGCUCCUUUGGAGUGGGCAGGAGCCUUGCUUGCUGUCCGUCUGCUCCCGGCUCUGUGUCAUGAGCACAGAGCCCCUGACCAUGCCACCGCCCACCCCUUCCAGCAGGAGCUGAACACCCCAGCAAUGCUGCACCCAGGUGCCUCAGCACUGUGCAGACCCCGUGGCUCUCAGCCUCAGCACUUAGCUGGGUGUGCAGUGUACGGUUUUCCCACUCAAGAAGAUCUCCAUCCAGCCUGGGGGCCUGGGGAAAGGGGCGGACAGGCCUUUGGCUCCAGGUCUAGGAGAUGGCCCAGGCCAAGUCUUUUGAGAGUCCAGGAUUUGCCAGGUCAGGGUUGAGGUAUAGGUCUCCAUCCACAUGGCUCACCUUUUCCCUCAUCUUUCCUUUAAAAGUCCCCUCAGCACAGGGCAGUGGUGGCACACACCUUUAAUUCCAGCACUUGGGAGGCAGAGGUAGGCAGAUCUCAGUGGUUUC